CUGUGACACGGAUCGAUGACAUGGAAGACAUCUUACCAUCCAUUGCUAGCAAUCCCACGUCCAACCAUCCAUCUAAAGAAAAGGAGAAAAAAAAAACCACCGCACGAAACCCUACCCAGCCACUCCUCCUCUCCUUCCUUCCUUCUGCCCGCCGCCUCCCUCUCUCUCCCCGAUCCAGAACGACCCCCUCAUCCAAACCCUAGCUUACCAUCGCCGGCGGCGGCGCCCGGCCUCCUUCCCUCGCGCUGCACCCGAACCUCCCUACUUCCCUCGCGUUGUACCCGAACUUCCCUCGCGCUGCACCAGAACCUCCUUCCCUCCGGCGGAGUCAGAGACAGCCGGGCGAGGUGGUGGAGGAGGAGUAGUAGUGCCGCAUCUGCCGGCACCCCGCCGACGCGGACCGCCCGCUGCGCCACCCCUGCGGCUGCAACGGCAGCAUGUGCUUCGCCUACGACCACUACUCGAUCCGCUGGCUCAAAGCCCGUCGCAAAUCCUUGUGUGAGGUGUGCAGGCACUAGAUCUCCAGCCCCGGCAUCGCACUCCAGGCGGACCGUGCCUUCCGCGCAAACUACGGGGCACGUCUGCGCCGCUGCCAGUUCGCCGUGCUGCACGUCCUUCGGUUUUCCUUGUGGGUACGAGAUGGCUCUCACCAGAAUUGGUCUUGCCACCCUCGCCCUCAUGGGGCAGAACCUUGCCCUCAACAUUGCAGAGAAUGGCUUCCCCGUCUCUGUCUACAAUAGGAUGACCUCCAAGGUCGAUGAGACUGUUCAACGCGCCAAGUUAGAAAGGCUUCCCCAUCUCUGUCUACAACAUUUUUGAAAGUGUGAAUCGUGCUGCUAAUUUCCUAAUAUGACUUGGAUACACAGGGGAUAAAAUCCAGUGAUAAAUGGGGAUACCCUAUAUUUUUUGCUUACUAUUUGGAGGUGUCUGCUGAUUAUUUGAGGAUGCUUUAUAUAUGUCCCUAGAUGUCCUUAUGCAAUACCUGAUAUGAUAACAUGACCUAAAUUAGGACUAUUACUUGCUCAUCGGCCACACCAGUGCAUUUUGUUUUUGAAUGUCCUGUACUUGUUGUUGCAUGAUAGAUACAUAUAUGUGUCAUCAAUUGGUCAUUGGAUAUUGCUGGAAACUAGCUAUGUCACAUCCAUUUCUAGGUUGUCUAGUUUGUUAUGUCACAUCAAUUGUAUGCUUUUUCUGAGAUUGUGUUAGCUGUGUAGCUUGUAGUUAUCAAUUGCAAAUGGGCUUAUAUAUUGCAUUUUAUGAGAUUGUACUUUAGCUACGCGGCGUCCGGCACCGUGACCUCAAGCUACACAACUUGCUCAUGGGUGGAUGGGCUGGUAUCCUCUGAUGCAUGGAUGGAUGGUUUGAACCCAGCAAGAGGAAGUCUUCUCUUCUCUUUAUCAACUAAGCGUACUUUCUCCUCUAAUGGAUGGAUGGGAGUCCAUCAAUUUAGGUGUUAGUAUGUUGUUGAUGCUCAUGUCGAUGCCCUGCUUUUUUUCUUGUCAUGUGCUGAAAUUAAGUGGCAGUAUCAGAUGCAAAUCAAUUAGUGUUGUUAAUACUGGUAGGCUAGCUACAAGCUAGAGGGAGAGCAGGGGAUUGAAACCUGUCAACAGAACUACUGAUGUAAUAUGCAAAGAACAAAUUGAAACCAUGUUCUUCAAAAUUAAAGGGUUGAUUGAUAUCGGUCCUUCUUUUGACAGAUAUAAUAUGUAUCCUGGAUUAUUAUUUUCUUCUCUAGCAAAUUGUAGACAUGAAUCACUAGUUGACCUAUUGAUUCGUACACCUAUAUAUGUUCUAUUACAUUUUUUGAACUUGAUGCAAAUUCUAUGGUAUGUGAGGUCCUUUUGUUGCUGCAAGCAUUGACACAAUAUGUUGUGCACAGGGAUCUCCGCAUCUGAGUCCUAGCCGUCCUCCGCAGCCAGGAGCUAGGCCAAGGGAGCAAGCAGCGCCGCUGGUUCCUUCGAGGAUGCGUGUUAUUGGUCGAGUCUUGUGGAGAAGCAAGGUGAACCGGGCAUCAUGUCACUUGUGCCGUUGUCGUAAGAGCAGAACGCCACUCUCACUUGAUGUGCAUGCAUUAAUGCAACAAAGCAUUCUUACAUGGUGAUUGUUAGCGAUCCACAACAGUUAUCUCGCAUAAUAGUGUCAUUCUCUUAGUAGUUAACAAAUGCAUCUUGUCCAACUGAGUAAACUAGGCCCAACUUGUACAAUAAACUGAACUAAAUGUUGUCGCAUUCUGUACAUGUUACUUUCUAUUUGGUGUAUGAUAACUAGCGAAGCUACACGGGCAUUUGCGCAGCUAGGUUGUCAUUUGCCAUUUGUUCACCCUCAAUACAUGAACUAAAUUAAAUAUCCAAAUUUUCCUCCACUUUCUUCCAUAUCAUUAAUGCCGAAAGGACUCCCCCGUGUCGAGAAAACAGUUCAUCUUCGGCUACAUGAAUUGGCUAUUUAAAAAAUGAAGCAUGAUAAGUAUUUUCACAUGUGAUGACGAAUGAUAGAGAUAUUUUCCUGGCACGUUAAAUUGUUUAGUUUCUUCCUAAUAUAACAUGUAGGCUUUUAUAUUGCAUUUCACGCUAUCAUCUGUGUUUAUCUUCUUCUUUUUUGAAUAGUUUGGAUUGCUUAACACAUGUGUCAUGUGGUCUGUAUUUACCUUCUUAAUAAGAAUUUUAGUACGUACAUUCAUAGGAAAAAUCUAGUGAAAAUAUUAAUGACGUCUAAGUUAUUUUGUGCGCUUCAUCUAUCUACCUCUUUGUAAUGACUAAUACAACUAUUUUUACUUGUACAGUGGCAUAACAUGUUUACUUUAGUUGUCUAUGUCGCAUUUCAUUUCAGACAUUUCAAUUGUUGGUUACUUGGUGUACAUUCAUUGUGGAAACAUUUUUAUAUUCUUAUGGCCAUAACGUGUUGUCUUUAUCUUGUCCCUAUUGUUUAAUAACUUGUUUAGUUUAGCACACUGGCAUCUUUUGUUUUUGCUUUCGAUCUUUACCUUUACAACGACCACACAUCAUCUUAUGUCCUUUGUAAAAUUCGCUCGCACACACGGCACAACAGCUUUUUCAAGCAAUCAUGGCUUACAUGCAUGUAAUAUUAUAUUCUUUCCCAGUCCAACAAAUCUCCGCAUGUGAACACUAUGCGAGUGACAGCUAGUACAUGCCCACAUCUGGUUGAAAUGGUGAUAAGUAGGUAACUUCUUAAUUUAUUCCUUAAAUCUAAGUUCUAAUGUCUAUGCAAGUUUUUUUUUUGCAACUUCCAAACGUACACAACAUGCAUGCGAUUCCACAUGGUAAAUUUGUACCUGUCCUUCUCAUGGACGUCACUUUUUCUUUCCAGGGACAUGUACGUGACAAACUUUGUAUGUGCAACACAACAUAACACGUACACAUUAUUUGUAUGUAAUGUUAUAUCUUUAAAUCUCAGCCGUUUAAAUAUCAAAAUUAAUGGUUAAGAUAAUUUAAUCUGUGUGGAUGAACGUGAUGGCUUAUUUGACUCUUGUUUUAAUUAUAUAAUAGAUGAUAUCUAUGGAAAUUCUACUUUGUAAAGAAUAAAUAAUGUGUUAUGGAUCGCAACCUAAUUUUUGUUGACAUGAAUUUCUUAUGCCCCUUAUUUUGACUUAGUUUCACCCAUGUUGCUUUUCGAAACAUGAGACUGAUGAGUUUUCCUUGUAGGCAACAUUGAUUUAGGAUUGAUUUAAGAUUUUUGUGAGUAUGCCUAGGUUAUGUGAAUAUGCAUCACAAACAUAUAGUGUUCUGACAUAAUUGGUCUCUAAAACAUCUAUAUUAUUUGAAGUUGUUUGAAUCUGUUGCUUUAUCAUACAUUCGGUCAAUAAAUCUGCAUUUCCGUGAAAUUUCGUUAAAUAUAUACUUUCCCGAUAGUUUGUACACUAAGCCUGGAGGUUUGAAUAUCUACUCCAGGAAUGAAAAGGCUACUCUAAUGCCUUUGUGUUCACCCUUUGACAGGAGCUCCUGGCCUAGGAAAUUUCAAGUUUGAAGCGGCGCAUAGCCCUACGCAGCAAAGAUUUGUUCUGUUUGACUGUAAUAGACUGUAAAGAUUAUAGUAUUGUAAUAGUAGGCAUGUCUGGGUUGUAAUAGCUAUGUACAGAUUGUAAUAGACUAAUUUAGAGUUAUUUGAUGAACUA